AUGACUUCGACCUGUUGGUGCACAGGAGGCUUCCUGGAUUUUUUUCGAGUGGGGGCGAACUACUGCGAGUCGGAGCAGAUUGCGCAGUCGUUUCAAGCAUCCAUCAUGUUCGCGUUUCCGGACCAGGCGACGGUCAAAAAGGUGAUCAAGGCUCUGCCGCGUGUGGGCGUUGGCAUUAAGUACGGCAUCCCGCAGACCAGGCGAAUUCGGCUUUUGUGUGCUUUGCUUGGCUUCGCGGAAGCACCUGCAUCGCCUCUCUUGUCGCAGGCGGGCCUCCAUGAUGUCCCCUCGCCAGCUCAUGCGCACCUCCAACAUGACGCAGAAGUGGCAACGCCGGGAGAUCUCAAACUUUCGAAUACCUCAAUGUUUCCUCCAACACCAUCCGCG